GUACCUGCAAGAUUCAAUAGACCACCGGCCGUAAAGCGAAGGGGGGCUCGAUAGGUGUGAUGGUGUAGCCUCCUCGUAUGCCAACUGAUGGCGGAGUGGGUUGAAGAGCGGCGGAAAGUGAGGCGCUUUUCCAAAGGAAACCAUCCAUCGGCGUCUGAGUUGGGUGCUGCUCCUUAUUGCCUCUACCCUCUUCAUAAUAUUAACAAUCUAGAUGACGGCUGCCUCAUGCAUAUCUUCAGUUUCCUUACUCCCAUCCCAGAUCGGUAUAACACCGCACUGGUUUGCCACAGAUGGUGUUUCCUGGCAUUUCACCCUCAGCUUUGGUUGCGAGUUGACCGUUCUGUGAGGGACUUAUCUCUUCCCGGGAUUUUCCCGAACAUUGAGGCAGCUAUCUCUGCUGCAAGACCUGGGGACACCAUUCUGAUUGCAGAUGGUGGAAGUCACCGUGUUUCGAAUAUUCAGAUAAAAAAGCCCCUAUGCCUGAUUGGCGCAGGUGAAAUUCCAGAUGAUACUGUACUUACAUGCUCCCGUGGUUCAGACAGUGCAUUGGAGUUUACGUCCACAUGCAAAUUAGCGAACUUAACUGUGAGGGCGGAGCUUGGCUGCUGCCUGCUUCAUCGGAGUGGAAGGUUGAUAAUCGAUGGGUGUCUUCUGCAGUGUGAGACAAACCCUUUGGACCACCUUUCUUAUGCCAUUGUAAGUACAGCUAAUGCUGACAGUGUUUCAGUCUUGCGCACCCGAAUUGAAGGAGGCUCGAAGGCUGUUCUUUCCAGUGGUACACUUACAUUGCAGCAGGUUCGGGUCAUAUGUAGUAGAACUUCCCUUUUCUUCUGGUUUAAUGUAAGGCAGGAUGCUAAUACUACUGCUCAAGCUUCCUCUGGUGAAGUACUAGUCGGUUAGGUUUGAUUUUUAAAAUAAUCUUAUUCUUCUCUCUUCUUUUCAUGUCGUUAAGAUGGUUGUAACUUGUAAGAUAAAAAUUGUUGUAUUAGUGAGUAGAGAACAAUUCAAUGCAAUUGCAAACUGAAGUAAUGAACGUGUACGUAUAUUGUGAGACUGUAAGC